AUGUCAUCUGUCAAACCACUAGGAGCAGAUGAUAGAAUGGUCUAUAAAACGGCAUAUUUUGCCAAUAAGGUGUCCACAAUAAUUAAUGCAAAUUAUAUUAAUGAUGCUGUAAAUCUAUCAUCUCAACAAAUAAUAAACGGUAUCAACCAAUGCAUUUCUGAAGGAUCUGGAUGGACUAUUGAAUCAGUAGAUGCACAUUAUUUUAAUUUAAUUAAAUAUAAUCCACUAAGUGGAUCAAGCUAUAUAGAACUACCAGAAGAAUUAAGAAAUAGUAAAAAGGGACUAAUCAAUAUAAAAAAUAUAGAUAAUGAAUGUUUUAGAUGGUGCCAUAUUAGACAUUUGAACCCACAGAAGAAAAAUCAACAGCGAAUCAAAAGAUGUGAUAGAGCAUACAUCAAUGAAUUGAACUAUGAUAAUAUUGAAUUUCAUUUAACCAUUAAAGAAUAUAACAGGAUUGAGAAACAGAUCAAUAUCAGAAUAAAUGUAUUUGGCUAUGAGGAUAAACUACUAUAUCCAAUAUAUGUAUCAAAAGAAAAAUAUAAAAACAGUAUGUCCCUACUAUUGAUUACCAAGGAUGAAAACAAACAUUAUGUAUUAAUAGAGGAUUUCAACAGCUUCAUGUUUAAUCAAACGAAGCCCUCAAAUAAAAAACACUUCUAUUUUGAAGCCAUUUCGGAGAAGAUCCAUGGAUGCGCACCAGAAAAUAAGAAAUCAUAUACUGAGGCAUACCAGAAGGAUGUAGAUUGUGGAUAUCGAUAUAAAGUAGUAUGUAGAUAUGAUGACAAAUAUAGCAAACAACUAAAACAUAUAGAGGUCCAGAUGCUUAAAGAAUAUAUAGAUACAGAUAUUAGAGUUAGGGAUCACUGCUAUGUAACAGGUAAUUAUAGAGGAUCAGCACAUAAGGAUUGUAAUCCUAACCAUAGAAUAACAGACAAAAUACCAUUGGUUUUCCAUAAUUUGACAGGAUAUGAUAGUCAUUUUAUUAUGCAACAGAUUGGUAAAAUUGUUAAAAAACACUCCUAUAAAACUAAAAAUGGAGAACAAAAGGAAAUGGAUAUUAUUGUAAUUCUAAACAGUAUGGAAAAGUACAUGGUAUUCAUGUUGAGUAAUAAUCUUACAUUUAUCGAUAGUUUUCAAUUCAUCAGUUCAAGUCUGGAGAAAUUGGUAGAUAACCUAACAGAAAAGUCCUUCAAAUAUACAAAAGAAGAAUUCGGAAAGAGUAACAGAUAUGAUCUAAUGACUAAAAAGGGUGUAUAUCCUUCUGAUUACAUGGAUUGCUUAGUAGUAGUAGGGGGUCCCUAA